AUGACAUUGCAUCCCAUAUCAACUCGUUUCCCUCCCAUGGGGGGAUCAGCCCGGUGUGCGACACCCCAUACGCCUGAGCCGAUGGAUCAAGGGACCGAUCAUCAGUCGAGGACUCCCUCUGCUCCAAGGCCGCGCCUGAGGCUCAAAAGGAGGAUGGUUCCGCAGGCACUCACCGCCCCGACGCAGGACUUCCUCGCCUCUGUUAAUGCCGCCGAUACCCCGAUACCCAGCAUAGAGGAGCCUGAUGUCGUCCCGAACGAUGUGGAAAUAUCAGACGGUAUUGAUCUGAUGGCCAGCCUGGCUCGUCCAUAUGCCCAGGAUCGCAACUUGCUGAGCAUUUCAUGCUACGACGAUUUCCCACAACCCAAGACCCCCGCGCCCGCAGACAUUCCAUCGCUUCCGCCACGGAGAUAUCCAGACUGGUCAGCUGGGUCAUCUUUCGGCAGCUCAACGGAAGACGACGAUGACGACAAUUCCAGCACCGAACCGGAUUACGAAUCCAGCAGACCAUCGACAUCCCGCUCCACCUAUACCAACACGUCUGUAUUCAGCCGCAUGUCUCACUUUUCUGACGACCAAUGCAUGAGCCCAGAAGGGGAUUUGCCAAAAGCUGCCCACCACGACUACGAUGAUUUGCCGCUUGCUCGGAAUGCGGUUGGCAACGGCCAGACAAUACGCCCAAAACGCCACAGAGCUCCUUGGACCAAGGAGAUGGACGCCCAUUUAUGGACUACGUUUAUGACUUAUCUACAGGACCCGAGAGUCACUCCGUUUAGGACUGGAAGAAGUUGCGUGCCACCUCAUGGUGUGUGCACUCGCGUUGCUCGUGAGGCAAAGCGGAGCUGGAGGGGCUCCAAGGCCAUCAAGAAGGUUGACAACUCUACUGCAGCUGCUUCCAGGCUUCAAAGUGGGAGUGUUACCCCGACUGCAAAUCACACCGCGGCUUAUAUCGAAUGGCCACAUACUUGUGCCGCUACGAGGACUCACUUUAGAGACCUUUGCAAGCUCCAGCUAGCUACUCCUGCCCACCCAAGCUUCAGGUAUUUGUCAAGAAGCCCAACACCACUUACACACACGGCUGCUCGUCACUGGAACAGGCGCUCUACGCCCGCCCGUUCAUCAUUCGCAACAAAGGAUAUGGGCUUGUCGUUAGCCGUCAGUACAUCUGAGAUAAUGCAGCCGUAUGGGCCGCUCGCACAGCUCACGAGUUCUGUAGAAGCUCCAGAACCAACACCAACAGAGCCUGACCCUGCUGUUCUCGACAGUCUCACUCAAGAUUCACAAUCGCUUCGUUCAAUGUAUCCCGAUAUCUCGGAACCGCCUCGAGGCAAAUUGGGGUCUCCAUUCACACCAAAAAGUUAUGGUCCAAGCUCUUCCUUCGUCUUGUUGUCGGAGGCCAUGGGCGCUGAGAGCUCUCAUCAGCCACACACAGUAGGGCCACGACGAACUUUACAAUCGCCACCGCGUAUGAGCCGCACCAGCGUGGCGCGAAGACGGACCAUAAUUGGCAACAAGCCACCACGUGACCUUCGUCACUCGCGGAAACGUGGAAGUUUGGGUAACGAUUUUUGGACCGAGCCAAGUCGUUCCAACGGUGCUAGCACUGCGCAGGAUAAUGUUUUACCGGCUUGCCGUGUCCGUGGAAAGAGUUUCCUGGAGGCGGCGUUGGCCCGGUUCCGGCCCACAGGGACAGCUGCCGCAGAGUAUAGCUCUACGAAAUCAAACAACAGGGAUGAGCUAUUUAUACCACGCUACACAGGGUCACUAGGCUCCCCACUACGCGCGGAGAGCGAAAAACGAGCAGCGCGACUCCCUCCGUCGACAACAGCGCCGGAACUUUUGCGCAUAGCGGCAACUGAAGCUCCUCCGCGAUUGGGUUCGCCGUUUUCCCUAGCACCGAACGCAACGUCUCUAAGUUUUCCAAAUCGGCUCUUCGCGGCCAGCAGCGCAAACGAUACCCCCCACAGGGCUCGUGAUCGGCUGUUCAAAACUGUCCAACAACCAUCAUCCCAGGCCGUACAGGCUGCGAGGGAACCGCCAACUGAAUCGUACGUCAGGUUGACAGGCGCUACAGGGGCUACCCGCGAGCGCGGCGGGGCAGACAGUCUCUCGCAGAGACUGGCUUAUGUCGAUGACCCGCUCAUAAACCGUCUCCUCUUGUGGACCUGCCCGGCCGAGUGCGACUACACAUGUCAGCACAUCAUCACCAGCGACCGCAUCGAGUCUGGCCAGCCCGUGGUCCAGUUCCAUGGAAAAUGGCCCUUUUACCGCGUCCUGGGCAUGCAGGAGCCAUUCUCGGUCAUCUUUUCGGCCGGCAACCUCUACGCCCACCUGCUUGGCUACAGGUGGCUCCGGCGCUAUAUCCCCGAGUCGUACCCGUUGCGCAAGUACUACAUCGGCUUCUCCUUUGCCGGCAUCGCCUCGUGGCUCUUUAGCAUCAUCUUCCACACCCGCGACACCAACGCCACCGAGCAGCUCGACUACUUUGCCGCCGGCGCCAGUGUGCUCUACGGUCUGUACCUAGCCGUCAUCCGUAUUUUCCGCCUCGACAGGCCCGGCUCCGCCGACGGCGGCAAGACGCCCACGAGCAGUAGUGCCUCCUCUUCGUCUUCGCCCUCGGCCGGCAGCACGCCCCGCGCGAUCCGCCUCUGGACCGCGGCGUGUCUGACGGCCUACGGCUGCCACGUCGCUUACCUCAAGCUCGUGCGCUGGGACUACGGCUACAACAUGGCCGCCAACGUCUGCGUCGGCCUGGCCCAGAACGUCCUGUGGAGCGCCUUCUCAUACCGCAAAUACACGAGGGAGGGCAGGACCUGGGCCACUUACCCGGGCCUGGCCGUCGCCUGGAUCAUGCUAGCCAUGAGUCUGGAGCUGUUUGACUUCCCGCCGCUGUGGGGCGCCCUCGACGCUCAUGCGCUGUGGCACCUGGGCACCAUUGCGCCUGCUGUUCUUUGGUAUAGUUUUUUGGUCAAGGAUGCUCAAGACGACAUGGCUGCAGCAGAACGAUUCAAGGAUUAA